AUGGCGCGCGUACACUACCUGACGUUAUUGGCUUUUUCUAUUACAUAUGUAUCCUCGCAGGUCACCCUCACCGUGACGGGCCCCACAGCACCGGUUAAAGAGGGCGACACUGUUGUCUUCACAUGUACUUUCGUCGGAGGCCUGCCAAAGUUUAAAAUCCCCCAUGUUAUCAAGACGGUAGAUGGAGAUACAGGCGACCCCUAUCCUAUCAGCUUAGAUACAAGGAUUAUUGUACCACCAUUUGGUGCCACAAAUCGAUAUUCUGUCAGUUUUCGAGAGGAAGGAAAUAACCUGGAUAUCGGUACUAUUACCAUAACAGGCGUACAGGGUGAGGACGGUGGAGGUGGGAUUGGUUGUAGCGUCCCUGGUGAGGUUAGCCCCGUUACUGUCCCACUAGACGUCAUGGUUUCACCAAAAGAAGUUUACUUCAAUAAUGUCAAUAAUGCUUCAUCUGGGAGUGUGAUUAAAGUGAAUGAAUAUGACCGCGUGAAUCUAGAGUGCCACUCUAAUGGGUCUAAUCCAGCACCAGAUAUGAAGAUCUUCCUGAUUGAAAAUGCAAACAACUACCUGAACUUAACCGAAUCUUGGUCCAGAAGGUCGCAGCAGCCGGUCCCUCGAUACAAUAACGAUGGGCUGGUGACCAUUCUGCAUCACACCUGGAUGAGCAACAUUGAGACGAUCGAGUAUUACCACAACAGGAAGGAGCUCAGGUGUGAUUCCAGUGUCCCCAAUCUGCCAACCAAAUCUGCAUCAAUCACGUUCGACGUUAUUUUUGCCCCAAAGUUCAACUGUAGCCAGAUCCAGCACCCACUUUCUGGUAAUAGGGAGGCGAUGAUAUCAUGCCCUGUUGCUGCCAAUCCAGAUCUGAUCAAUGAUGAGACAAUUGUUCAGUGGCAAUGGACGGAGAAUGAGAACAUGCAGACUCUGAACCCGAAGAUCAAUCAGGAGAUGAGGGAGUAUAGGGCACAGAUGAUGAGGUCUGACCAGGACAGUAACGUGGUUAAUGUAUAUCUUGAGAUAAGGGAUCUCGCCAACAGUCACUACAGAACCUACAACUUGUAUGUAAAAAACAACAGAUAUGAAGCCACACACAACAUCACUUUAGAAAUAGAUAGAACCAGUGGAACAUCAACUCUCUCAUUCACUGGAUAUCUCAUGUCAAUUAUGUCAGUUCUGUUCGUUUUGACCACUUCAUGGGUGUAA